AUGUCUGGUAUUUACUUGACCGACAGGCCCGUUCGGAGACCGCAGGGUUCAGGGUCUCCUUUGAUAAGGAAAAUCCAAAGGUCAUGCAGGAUGUCGCUGCCGGAACCUGAUUUGGCUUUGAAUUUGGAUGUCGCCGACUAUAUCAACGAGAAGCAAGGUGGGACUGCUUACGAUGCUACUCGUGCCAUUGUGAAACUGAUCAACAAUAGGGACAGUCAUACUGCUGUUUUUGCUCUUUCUCUACUAGACGUCUUGGUCAAGAACUGUGGAUACCCGGUUCAUUUGCAGAUCUCGAGAAAGGAGUUUUUGAAUGAGCUGGUCAGAAGGUUCCCAGAACACCCACCUUUGCGUUACUCUCGGGUGCAGAGACUGGUGCUCACUGCAAUUGAAGAAUGGUACCAGACCAUUUGUAAACAUGCUCCGUACAAGGAUGAUUUGAACUAUAUUAGGGAUAUGAGAAGAUUGCUAAAGUACAAGGGUUACAUCUUCCCCAAGAUUCACUCUGAAGACUUGGCUGUGAUGAGACCGACCGACCAGCUGAAAACGGCAAGUGAAAUCCAAAAGGAGCAAGAGAUUGCCCAAGCAGCCAAGCUCGAAGAAUUGAUUAGAAGUGGUAGACCGGAAGAUCUUAGAGAAGCUAACAAGCUGAUGAAGAUUAUGGCCGGUUUUAAAGAGGACAAUGUUGUUCAUGCUAAACAAACGGUUAACGCUGAGCUGAAUAAGUUGAAAAGAAAGGCAGACUUAUUGAAUGAAAUGCUUAACAUGUCAAACGAGAGUGAGAUAGCUGAAAACGGAACUAUCGAGGAGCUAUACGCUGCGUUGAAGGGCGCUCAGCCAAAGUUCCAAAAGAUUAUUGAGGAAGAGCACGACGACGACACCUUGAUCCAGGACCUGUUGAAGUUUAACGACACCGUGAACCAACUUUUAAACAAGUAUUCGCUUCUGAAAAUUGGUAAUACGACAGCCGCAAAUGAGAUUAAUCCAGAGGUUAUGGCUGCGACCCCAGAGUCUAACGUUGGCGCUUUGUCCAACGAAAUUAACCUUAUUGACUUUGGCGAUGAUAUGGGCGCCACUUCUCCAUCCCCUACCCCGAACGCUCCUGACCUUGCAGCAGCGACAGCAAAUCAGAACAACAUAGACCCGAUGAUGGACUUGUUGGGCGAUCUAAACGAUCUAUCUUUAUCUAACGGCAAUGGCAGUGGAGACCUGCUCGGAAAUAAUGAACCUUUAGAACUAGGCGGUGGGAUUUCACUGGAUAGUAACACUGAUGAUAUUUUUUCGGCCACAUCCAAUAAAACUGCAUCGAACGUUUCAGCAGCACCCGCCAACACUGCGACAACAGGUACUCAGGACGGGUCCUUCGACCUGUUAGGUGAUUUGACCUCAUCUACCGGGCGUACCUCGACUCAGACAGCGACAAAAGUGUUAGUGAACACAUCAGCGAACUUGAAGAUAGAAUUCGAAGUGACGAGAGAAAACGAUUCUACCAUCAAAGUGAAGGCUUGUUUCACAAACCUCGGCUCUGUACCUCUACAAGAAUUCACCUUCUCUGUCGCCGUUCCUAAAUCGAUGCAGCUGAGGUUGCAACCUCAAUCGGACAAUAUUUUGCAAACAGGAGUGAGUGAAGGUAUCACCCAAGAUGCAUGGAUAGAAAACGCUCUAUCUUCAUCAGAAAAACCUUUGAGGGUGAAAUGGAAGGUGUCAUACAAGAUGAAUGGUAAUCCAGCUGAUGAAAUGGCGAUCUUCACCUUGCCCAACGUCUAG